CUCCAAGGUGCAACAUGAGGACAGGUCACGUACCAAGAAACAGGUUAAACACAGGCUCAAAGAUGCGCUCGCGAGCAGCAAGGCGUUUGUUCGGGCUGUUCUGAGCCUUGUUCGGUAGGAAUGCAACCCGGUAAUUGGAGGGAGCAAGCCCUAUUUAGCCGGCUGCCAAGAUAUGCAGCCAACACGCCGUGACGCUUACCCAAUAUAAGAUGCAGGUUCGGUAAUACGGUCGCCUUCUCCGCCUUAGCCUACCUAGGCUACGGAGUAUCUGGGGUAAAGGGCCGGGGUAGUGGAUAGUCCUUUGGCCAUGCCGAAUUAUAAAGGGUAUACCCCCAGCCUGCCCGGCCUCAAGCAGCUUUCAGCGCUUCAACACCGGCAUCAUGGGUCUCAUCAAAGCUCAGGAUGGUACUUCCGACCCCAUCAUCACCCGCAUGGUGGAGCAGGACAAGGUGCGAUGGUGGAAGAAACCGAAUCUGCGCAUCAUGUACAUCUGGCUCUUCUGCUGCUGCAUGGGCGUCGAGAUCACCUCCGGCUUUGAUUCUCAGCUUAUUGGCACGCUCCAGUUUUCGGUCCCUUUCAACACAUAUUUUGGAGAUGGCUACAAGGACGCAGAUGGCGAAGCCAGCAUCGAACCCAAGAUUAUUGGUUUCAUGUCAUCAUGUUACCAGCUCGGGUCCAUUCUCGCUGUUCCGGUUGCACCAUGGCUGAGCCAAAAGUACGGCAGACGUAUGUCCAUCUUCGUCGGUUCCGCCAUCAUGGUCGUUGGUGCUUUGCUGCAAGGAUUUGCUCAACACAUUGGCAUGUACAUCAUUGCGCGUAUGCUACUUGGCUUUGGUAUCCUCUUCGCGAUCGUCUCUGGUUCUUCCUUGAUCGGAGAGCUAGCCUACCCCAAGGAACGACCCUUUAUGACCUCACUUUUUAACGCUUCUUACUUCAUCGGAUCCAUCGUUGCCGCGGGUAUCUCUAUCAAAACAACAGAGAUGGUUGGAAACUGGGGCUGGCGUGCACCAUCUCUGCUGCAGAUUUGCCCGUCCGUCCUGCAGAUUUGCACGGUCUUCCUACUGCCUGAGAGCCCACGUUGGCUUGUCAGCCGUGACCGCGAGGAUGAGGCUUUCGCCAUCUUAACGAAAUACCACGCCGAAGGUGACCCAACCUCCAUCCUCGUACAAGCCGAGAUGGCACAGAUCCGAUCUACCAUUAAACUCGAGAUGGAACACUCCAGUCGCUCGUGGAAAGACAUGGUCCGCACGGCUGGUAUGCGACGUCGUGUUCUCAUUGCGUGCUUCCUCGGUCUCUUUACGCAGAUGAGUGGUAACACUUUGCUCUCUUACUACCAAAAUCUCCUGUUCAAGUUGAUGGGAUACACCACCAAAUUCGCUAAAACACGCAUCAACAUCGCCAACCAAUGCUGGAGUCUGAUGAAUGCUGUCGUCAUCGCGCUAGUUGUCACUCGGUUCCGUCGUCGCUGGAUGUUCAUGCUUUCCGCUGCCUCUAUGACCAUGGUUUUUAUGGCCAUGACUAUUUCCUUCCAGCGCCUCCAGCUUGCUGAGUCCCAGGGAACCAAGAACCAAGCCGCGCAAAUUGCCUCGCUCGUAUUCUUCUUCGCAUACUCCCCUUGCUACAACAUCGGCAACAACUCCCUUACAUACACCUACCUGGUCGAACUCUUCCCGUACGCUCAGCGAACCAUGGGUAUCGGUAUUGAACAGAUGUUUGGAAAGCUUGCUGGAUUCUUCUCUGUUUACGUCAACCCGAUUGCGCUUGACGCUAUCGAGUGGAAGUACUUUGCUAUCUAUUGUGGAUGGAUCACUUUCGAAUUUUUGUUCGUGUAUUUCAUGUACCCUGAGACGUACAACCGCACACUCGAGGAACUUGCUUUCUUGUUCGAAGACAAGGAGCUUGCAGAUGAGGCGGUCAGAGCUGUUGAGAAGACGGUCAACCACGGUCACGUCGAGGGAACGACUACCGAGCACGGCAAGAUGGAGACCACUACCAUCGAGCGCACAUCUUAAACUGAACCUCGCCACCAUACUUCAUGUAGCACGUGCGCCCAAAUUCGCCGUUACUUGGCAAAUAUACAAUGUCUUUGCGGUCCAUGAUCUACGAGGCACCUGCG